GUCGCGAAGGCGACUGCCAAGAGAUGGAAACUUGGUGUGCUUUGUGAGAUCUUAGAUUUUUGACUCUAAACGAUACGACGAGUUGACGAGUUCACGAGUUUCAAGGCGGUUGGCUUCACGGCUCUACUCGGCUGAAGUUUCACGCACCUUAUUGAGGUUUACGAACUUGUGGUGGCGUUUCGCCUGGGAUAACUUCGGUUCAGUUGCGGAUAUCAAGAGACAAGCACGUCAUCCCACACCGCAUUGUUUCCCACACCCAAUUGACGAACGAUGGACAAACCUUCGUUUGCCAGCUCAUUCUGGGGCGAUAAUGAUAAAGGGUUGGAGGUGUUGAUGGGGCGAAUGAGACAGGGGAAGCACGUUAGUGAAGAGGUGCAUGCUAUGCUAAAGGAGAGAGCGACCAUCGAAGAAGAGUAUGGAAAAAGACUACAUAAGCUUGCUAAAACCUUUAGUCCCAAGGAAGAGAUUGGAACCCUGCGAGACUCGUUGGAUAUUGUGAAGAACGAGCUAGAGAAGAGCGCGAAGUCACAUACUGAUCUAGCUCAGGAGAUUCGCGUGAAACUGGAGAAACCACUGGGGGACUUUAUUGGAACCCAAAGCGGAAUACGAAAGAAUCACAACGCCAUCGUCGAAAAGCAUCAAAAAGCCAAGGCAGCUCAAGUAGCGGCCGUGAUGAAGUCCAAAGAACGGUACGAGGCAAAAUGCGCCGAGACAACGCAAUUAUCGCAGAUAAGAGCUGAUCCAGCGUCUAAGGAAGCGGAAAAGAUCAAAAUGAAACUGCAAAAAGUCCAGUCACAGGCGAAACAGGCCGACGUAGAUUACGUCGCAGGAGUGGAGAAGUUGACCGAAAUCCAUCGAAGAUGGGUGGAUGACUUUCGCACAGCUUGUACAGAAUGCCAGAAGUUAGAGGAAGAUCGAUUUCACUUUCUACGCGGGAAUAUCUGGAAUUACGCUAACUUUAUAUCGGGCGUGUGCGUUUCGGACGAUGAGGCAUGUGAGCGAGUGCGUGUAUCGCUAGAGGCUUGCGAUUUUGAAAAAGACCUUGCCUUAUUCUUGGAUCGGAAUACGACCGGAUCCGUUAUCCCACAACCCCUACAGUACAUCAACUAUUACACCGGGACGCAAGAAAAUUCUCUCUCGGGUAGGCGCAAGAGUGCAACUAGCAAUGACCUGCCAGCGACCCUUCCGAUGUACAAUCCUUCGCAAGAUGACUUGGGCAGCACCCACACUCUUGGUUCUGGACCUAGUGGCUACAAUGACCCGACAACAACCCGAAGAGAUAGUGCAUCAUCCAAAGGAUCCGCCGCAUUUUCGGGGGCAGUUGGACCGCAGGUACUCAAUGGGAUGCCUCAACAGCAACAGCAACGAAGUGGAUCCAAUGCCCCGCCGGCGGGAGCGGAUGCAACGUUCCAAUACGACCCCUAUGACGUGCCAGAAAGCAUGCCGGUUCUGUUUUCGGUUCGAGUCCUAUAUGACUACCAAGCGCAGGCGCCAGAGGAGCUCACCAUUGGCAAGGGCCAGUUGAUUCCGGUAAUCGCAACUCAUGAUGAUGGGUGGUGGGAAGGGCUGGGAUCGGAAGGCGGACAAAGAAGAAAAGGCUUAUUUCCAAGCAACUUCACAGAAACCGUCCGCUGAUCUACUACUGGGGCCAAAAGACAUACGACAAUUUUGGAAGCGGUUUGGAAGCAUUCACUCACGCAGCGCGUUCACUGAAUGGACACUGCGUACUCUAGAGGAACGGAUCAUACAUAGUCCGCACAUUUGUAUCUUUGACGUCGACAAUUGUACUGAGAACCAUUUACUUGUGGUAAUCAUAAAAAUAUCGAUAUGUACAUGAUAUGGUAUUCGUUUGCCCUGCGAAUACCUCCCUUGC